CAAAUACCGAUAAAUCAAAGUGCUAGUUCACAUAAUACAGGGUAGUUAUGCCUGACCAGGCACCCUAGAGCCUAUCCUGGCCCCUGGCUGUCUCAAUUCCGUUGUCUCGUAGGCUGGAAAGGUCAUGACCCAGAUCCGAGCUUACAGGCGGAGCUGGCCGGGAUUUACCGCUAAGCCACCCAUGAUUGUUAAUCUAGUACUUGGUCUUGCUAGCCCACUGUCUGCCAAUGCCAGGUAACGGCCUAAGGCGACCAUAACAGUCAACCCUUGGCCUAAGCUCGUCGUCAGAUCAUCUCGGCUCUUCCACCAGCAACCUUCCAACGUCAUCGGCUACAAAACAAAGCACAUCUCCAAUUCUUUGUCACUAGCAAGUCAAGACAAGAAAUCCAAACUUCAACGCAAGCAUGCUUCGCACAACCUUCCGCCAGACAGCCGUCUUCCGGCCUGUUCGAUGCUUCUCUACCACUCCUCGCGUCAUGACCGAGGGAGCUACUGGUUCAGUCCGUCCCACUGGUGGUUCUGGUGAUGCCUUCCAGCGACGGGAGAAGGCUAACGAGGAUUAUGCUAUCCGCCAGCGCGAGAAGGAGAAGCUCAUUGAGCUCAAGAAGAAGCUCCAGGAGCAGCAGCAACACCUUGAUCGUCUCUCCAAGCACAUUGACGAGAUCACCCGUGAGCAGGGCGGCGAGAAGAACUAAACAACUCAUACCUCGGAUUACCGGAUACCCCCGGCAAAGACUGCGGGGAGAAAUCAUCAGCUCUGAGUGAGGUUCAAUCCCGCUCGCCAAGAUCAAUAUGGAUGUACAGUUAUCAAUUGAGGGAACUCGACCUGACU